AUGAUCCGUCGGCGAGCGGUGACUAUCGCCACCCCGGCUGACCUCCACUCGUCCCACUCCUCAAACCGCUGUAGUGUGCCCGGUCCAGCGAAGACGCGCACCUCGGGCCCAGCAUGGGCUCAAGUUCGGCAACAUGUCGAGGAUAGCCCGCCGUGUCCCCUCCCCACUCCAUGUGGUGCGCUCAGCAUUGCUUUCCAUGCGACAGAAUCGGAUGUGGCGCUCCCACCGGCCUUCUAUCCUGGCCAGUCAAUUCCGACCGUCCUCACGUUUCUCCUGCCCCGUGGCGCCUCCCUCCCUCAUGCGCUGCGACCACAACUCACGCUCUCCCUUGUCGGUACUCUGCGGGUACGUGAUGCAGCCCCGCGGGUUAUCAUCGACAUUUCCGUGUCACUCUCGGAGGGCUUGGCACUGUGGGCCCGCGACGCCGGUGCCGCUGCACGUCGUGCCGCUGUCCGCCUGCCAGGUGCCGAUACUCACUCCGUCGCCAAUGCCUCCCCCAACGCACUACCCCCGGGAACGUACACGCUUCCCCUCAGCGCCCAGGUGCCCUCUACGCCGCGGCUGCCCCCGACCUUCAACGGCGACGGCUUCGCACUCAGCUACGCACUCUGCGUGAACCUUACGUGCGACGAGGCGGACAGCGGCGGUACAGGUACCAGAGGGCGGCUGGUGGUGGCCCACGCCGCCCGGCCCUUUGACCUCCUGCCCACUACGCUGCCUACACGGGCACCCCGUAUGAUACCUCAUUCUUUCUGGGUUCCAACGACCAGCGCCGGCGGCGAGACCGCCCGCUGGGUUAUCCACCCGCGGAUCCCCACGACAGCGUACUCGCCGACCUCGGUCAUCCCGAUCGAGUUGACAAUCACCCCACCUCAGACUGAAGAUGAUGGUGCGAUUGACGGUCUGGCAGACGACGACACGGCUGUGCUCGUUCGCGUGUCUUUGGUCCGCGAGGAACUUGUCGAGGCUGGCACGACCAGCUCGACCUGCACAGUGGUCUCGACCCGCAUAGGGUGGGAGCGCGUUGGUCCCAAUCGUCAACCCGUCACAAUCCGCCCUACAUUGCCACUCAACGUAGGCAGCACCUGGCGGUACGGGUUCACCACCGUCUUGGCCAUUGACGGCGGACCAGACGCCCACCCCGUCAACGUUUCCAGCAAGUUCCACCUGCAUAUCGAUUCGGUCUUCCUCCCCGCCUCCGCCCCCAGGCAGCUUGGGUUUGGUGGGCCCGGGCUGCGGCCUCCAGUUGGUGGCAGCGACGCGCAGUCGCGGGCGUGGGCGAGGAUCGAGCGCCGAGCACCAUCCACGAGCUGCUCGCUGUCGAUUCCCAUUGUUGUCGGGUCCGUCUCGGAGCCGCGUGAUGCGAUGCAUGCUCACAGGUGGAGCGACCUCCAGCUUGACGAACAAGGAGACGGAGGAACCAUGAUUGACGGCGAGGCAUUUUCGUGCGAGGAUGGAUGGCUAUCUGCACCCCCAAGCUAUGCCGAGGCCAUUGAUGUUGUACCGUAUGUAUACUAG